CGCAUUUACCUUUGUAACCUUAGAAGAGUCUAUAUAUAGGACUACGCUUUCUCUGUCCCUCUACAAAGAAAGCUCUACUCUGUAAAAAUUCUCUAAAAGAAUAAAAGCUCUCUUUAAAGUUUAUUCAACAUUCCUGAUACUUUUCUAUCUUUCUUUGCGUAUCAUUCCUUAAGUAUGCUCUGUUCCUGCAACUCUGUUUGAUUUGGAACAUUAUAAAUCUGUUUGCAUCCUUAUUAUUUGCAUUGUUCAUGGUUUUAUCUAUUAAUGUUUUGAUUAUAUUAUUAUUAUGCUUAUGUCUGUAUUGCAAUUACGUAGACAAUUAAAAGAAAUAGAAAGACAAUUAGAUCUUGCUGAAAUCAGGCUUACUGAAGCCUGACUCUUGCUUAGAUUAAGUACUCCUACCACAUAUAUUCCCCUACGCCAUAGAGUUGAUAGGUUAAAAAAUUUAAUUGAUCGAUUAAACCAAUCCUUACAGGAUAUUUCAGACCAACUAGAAAUAUUAUCUCGAUCUUAGAUACACCACUAGUAUCGGAGCCUAGGGGUAGUGAGAGUAAAUCCAAAGGAAGACUUGAUUCCUCUUUACACUUGGUGGGUUACUUGCUUAAUCCGUACUACUUUGCAAAGAAUAGGAUAAAUAUAGGAGAUGAUGCAACUAUAAUGGAAGUAUUUCUCAAUUGUGUCGAGAAGUUCUUCCCCGAUGAUUUGACCACUCAAGGGAGUGUCUGAUGAUGAAUUGAUCAAGUAUAAGAAAUUGGAGGGAAUGUUUGGAAAAAAAAAGUCAUUUUUGCUUAUGAAAAUAAAGGUGUCAAUGAGUUCAAUCCUGGUAAGUCUUAACUCCUAAACUCCUAGAUCAUUUUUUUUAAUUUUUUCUUCAUAAAUGGGGAUUGAUUAGUAUUAUUUUUUUUUAUCAUAAUGAAUGUUAGCUAGGUGGUGGAGUAACUAUGGUGGUAGUACACCAAACUUGAAGAAGAUGGCGAUUAGGAUUCUCUCAUUGACCACAAGUUCAUCGGGUUGUGAGAGGAAUUGGAGUAAAUUCGAACGGAUGCACACUAAAAAGAGGAAUAGACUUGACUCGGAAAGAUUGAACAACUUGGUGUAUGUUCAAUUCAAUGCAAAACUUAUCUACAAGAAGCAAAGAGUGAGUAAUGAUAAAGAUGUUCUUCAAGCGGAUGAUUGUACUAAAGCUCAACAUUGGUUGGUUGAUGGUGUUGAUGACGAGAGUGAUGUUGAUCCAGUGACCGAAGCAACAUGGGAGGUACUUGAUCAAGCGGUGGGAGCGAAUGAAAUGUUUCAACUUAGAAGGAGCACUAGGAAUAUAAGAGAAAUUGAUGAGGAAGAGUUUGUGUCGGAAAAAUCAUCCGAAGAAGAUGAUGGAUAUGACCUUGAGUCCGAUGAAGAAAGAGAUGUGUCUUUAGCGGAGGUGCAAGAUGAUAUUUUUGAGAAUGAUGAUUGAUGAGUGAUGCUUCUCUUUUUGUUUUUAUAAUUUGUGUGUGUACUAUUGGAUUUGAAUGGAUUUUUUAUUAUGAUUUUUGAUAUUUUUUUAGCUUGAAUGAUAUAUUGAUUGGAUUGAAUGGAUUGUUGAUUAUGAUUUAGUCUUAUACUGAUUGAAUGGAUUGAAUAGAUUUUCGCUUUGAUGUAAUUUCUUUUUGCUUGGAUUGGAGUUUAUUUAUGAUGAUUUUUGAGUCCGAUGAAUGGAUUUUUGCUUAGAUUGCAUGGCUAGGCUAGCUGCCAUCGGGUUGCUUUGAUGCAGUUUAUUAUAUCUAAAUUUAAUUGUCUACAAAACUGAAACAAUGAAAAGCACUUGGUUGAUUCAUUUAUAUUGUAUUUUAAUGUUUUUUUUUUACUUUUUUACACAUUUAUAUAUGAUAUGUAUUGCAUAUAUAUAUUUUUUAAAUUAAAAAAACUCAAAACGAUUAAUCCGAUUAAUCCCUAGUCCCCGUGAACCACCUAGCGGCCGACUAGUGAUUUUUGCAACCUUGUACACCACUACCUCUACAGUGUACAUACUCAUACCAUCUUAAACGAUUUUCUCGCAACUUAUUUUCAAUUGGAGCUACUUAUACCUUAGAUCUAAUAAUCUAAUUCAUUAUCCUAUCUUUCCUCAUGUAACCACAUAUCCAACGAAAUAUUCGCAUUUCUGCUACAUGUAUUUUUUGGAUAUAUUGUCCCUUAGUAACUCAACACUCAUAACCAUACAUCAUCGCGGGUCAUAUGGCUAACCUAUAGAAUUUCCCUUCAACCAGGAACCAUUCGAUCGCAUAAAACUCCCGAUCCACUCCUACACUUCAUCCACCCGAUUUUAAUCCUAUGACUACAUUUUUCACUAUUGUCUUUAUCAUCUUGGAAAAUCAAACCAAUAUAUUUAAAAACCUUACCUUUUGUUACUUCUCCCAUUUAAUUCAAUUGUUUGUUCGUUACUUUGUCUGUUUUUACUAAACUUACAUUUCAUAUAUUUUGUUUUAGCCUUAAUUUAAAUCUUUUAGACUCUUAAGGCUUGUCUCCACAUGAGUUAACUCCCAAUAUUUUAUUAUCCACCAGAACUAUAUUAUCCGCAAACAAUAUACACCAAGAUACCUCAAAUUGGGUAUGUCGUGUGAGUUCAUCCAUCACUAUAACAAAUAGGAACGAGCUUAGUACCCACCCAAACACCCAUGCAAGUAUGCAACUCCUCCAUUAGGCACAGCCUGGGCGCCUCACCUAGCCUUAAUCGCCAGGCUGUGGCCUAGGCAUGCGCCUCAGACCAGGCUCCGAGAGCGCACCGCCUGAAUGAAAAUUGAAGCCUUUUGAUAUUGGUUGGGUUGUUUCGGACUACUUUCAUCUGUCUAAGAAGCAUCGAUUUGGCUGGGAUUUGUGAUAGCAAUACUAGCAAACACUCGGAGAAGAAACCUGAUCUGAAUCGAUGAAAGAAUAACCAACCACUCAGCUGCAACUAUGACUUUGGGUUUUCUGGUAUUGCAGAUGAGGAGGAAGAUGAGGGUUUAUCAUGUAAAAGAUAACUGGCAGGUGUCAGACUUGGUCCUAACUUGCGUUGAUGAAGAAGAAGAGAGAGACAAAACAACUGAAUAGAAUUAGAGGGUUGAAACUGACACGUCAUACUAGUGUGAAAUUGUGAAUGUUUGUGAUUGGAAUACGAAUACACCUUAGAAUCUCAUCUAAGUAUAAAUUUCACAGAUAAUACAUGAGGUGGGCCCACACGAUGCCAGGCUGGUUUUGUUUAUUUUUAUGAACUUGGAUUUCUUUUUGUUAAAUAUUAGAAUAAAAAAUACACAAUAUAAUAUUGAAAAAUCUACACAAGAUAA